CAGAAUCACAGCUCCGGCCAUAUGGCCCCAUCACUAUUGAUAAUGAAAUUGUUGUCAUUGAUAGAGAACAUCAGUCCGUGAAAAUUGAACCUAAAAGACCGUUUGUCGUGAUGGAACUUAUGAAGUAUAGUUGUGGAAAUGAAACAUAAGAAUUUCGAAAAAAGAAAACAUAUUAACGAUAGAAGUGUUAAACUAUUAGCCAAAAUGUCAAUUAUAAUUUUCUGGUUACUGAUAUUGAUGAGUUUUGUGUCGCUAUCUUCGGGUUUAACUUAUUUAAAUUAUUUUGAAAAAUUAUUUGACCUAGAAAUUUGUAACAGCAACUGGGUCAUAAAUGACAUUGAAGGACUCCGUUCAGAUUUGAAAAAUAAGGUUUUUGGGCAGCCCUUUCUAGAAAAAGUAUUGGUAUCUAGCCUAAAAAUUUUUUUGGAAAAUGAUAAUCCAUCAAAACCCUUUGUUGUGAGCUUUAAUGGUAGUCCUGGUACUGGUAAAACUAUGGUUUCACAAUUAAUAGCUGCUAAUAUGUAUUAUAAAGGUACUAAGAGUCAGUUUUACAGGCACUACACAAUGGUUGAUACACAUUUUGUGAGCCAGAGAGAAUUAGUUAAUGAUAUAAAGACAAGGGCCAAGAAAUGUGGAAGAUCCUUAUUUGUGUUCGAUGAAAUUGAGAAAAUGCCAAAUGGAACCUUUGAUGCUAUUAAACCUUUCCUCGAUUUUCACCAUGAAGUUAGUGGUAUAGAUUUUAGAAAAAACAUAUUCAUUUUUAUUUCAAAUAAUGGGAUGAAUAAAAUAAAUUCAAUAACAAAGGAUUUAUGGUACAAAGGUGUGAAAAGAGGAGACAUCAAACUGUCUUCCUUUGACCAAUCCUUAUUUAAAAGUGCAUUAAAUGAAGAAGGAGGACUAAAAGGCACAGGAAUUGUUAAGAAUUAUUUGGUUGAUAUGUAUUUACCAUUUUUACCUCUCGAAAAAGAACAUGUUGUACAAUGUAUCAAAGCUGCCCAGUAUGACAUUACUUUUGACAAUUUUAACAAUGUUGUGGAUGAUUUAGUAUUUGAACCCAAAGAUGCACCACUUUUUUCGUUGAGUGGAUGUAAAUUGGUGGAAAGCCUAAUUCGAAAGUAUCAAGGGCAUGAUGAACUAUGAUUGUGUUACUGCCAUUGGUAAUGUAUUUACUGAAGUUCUAAAUUCCUUUGGACAUCUAGCUUGUAAUAUAAAUGUUAUGCCAGCUUGUGCUCAUUUUAAAUAAUAUUAUUUUUAAGAAAAAUAAUUUUGUUGGUACUGUGAUUAUGUAACUUGUUAAUUGAGCAUAAUGUUUAAAUUUAUUUUCUGGAUAUACCAAAAGAAAAGUGGUUUUCAUAUUGUUUUGUAAAAUAAAAUAUGAAUUUCAGAUUAUGCGUAAAUUUGAUAAAAUAAAAAAUACAGAUUCUCAUGUUAUAAUUGUUUUUGUUUUUUACCAAAUAUAAAACUUAUAUUUUA